AUGGAGGACCAAGGCCCCACAAUAUUGGCCGUGAUGUGGUCGCUGACUGUACUGGCUCUGGUGUUGGUUGUCGCCCGCCUAUGUGUUCGGCAGCGAAUAAUCCGCAAUUUUGGACUGGACGACUGGUUGAUUGCGUUCUCCAUGUUAUUCGGUAUUCUUUUCUCGGCUACUGCGGCGGUAUCUGUGGCCAAGGGAUUUGGUAAACACACGGCCAAUCUUUCCACACCCGCUGCUGAGCAAGCCCUUCUAUGGAACAUGAUUUCCUUUAUUUUCGGCAUUAUCUCUUUUGCUCUUCCGAAAAUCGCCGUCGCUGCUUUACUUCAGCGAAUCCUCAAUCCAAUACGAGUCCAUCGCAUCAUACUGUGGACUCUCGUUUCCAUGGUCGCUGUCAUUGCAAUAAUCAACAUUUUGAUAUACGUUACGACGUGCAGUCCACCGCAGGGACUUUGGAAGUCAACCUUGGUUUUAGAAGGGGUGGCAAAAUGUAGACCUGUCGAUGUCUUGGUUGGCUUUGCGACAUUUAACGGCGCUUUCUCUGCGUUCGUCGACUUAUAUCUCGCCACAUACCCUGCCUUCAUUCUAUUUCACCUCCAAAUGUCUCUGCGAAAGAAGAUCGCACUGAGUGCUGCCAUGGGCCUUGGAUCAAUUGCGAGCGCUAUAGCUAUGGUCAAAUGUGCCCAGAUUGGAGGUCUCCGCAACCAAGCUGACCUCACCCACUCUACUGUUCCCCUAGUCAUUUGGACGAGUGUGGAGGCCAAUAUCGUCGUCAUCGCAGCGUGCAUGCCAACCUUGAAACCCGUCCUCGACUUCAUCCUCGUUAAAUUAAGAUUGACAACAUUGAGUGACCAAAAAUAUCGGUCUAACUCGAUUAGCCAGGGAAGGUUAUACCCCAAAGCCGGCGUUGAGAAGAACAGCCGACAGGCUUCACCGUUCAAGACUAUUAGUGAGGAAAAUAUCCUCGGUGAUCAGGACGACCUUCACAUCAGGCGCGUGGACGAAGUUUACGUGGGAUACGAAUUGCAGCCACAGACCAUACCGAAGGGAACUCAGAGUUUUCAAUAA